AUGUUUAUUCCUACAUCUUCAGGAUAAAAUUCAUUAACAAACAAUACUAACAUUCUCUAUGAAUGUGUGGUAAAGAGAAGACACUUUUUCAAGAAUCGAAAUUAUUACUUAUAAUUAACAAAUUAAUGCCUUAGUCUAAGUGAAGUAAGAGAAUUCGAUAAUUUAAAAUAGAAACAAAAUUAGUAGAAUCCAAAAUAUAUCUAUUAGUUAAAUAUUGAUAUAGUAUUUACAUGGUCUGUUGAGAACAAUAAAAUAGUUGGGUUUUAGCUUCCAUAUUAAGAUAAAAUAAAAGACUUUUUUGGAAAUCCAAAUGAUAUGAUAAACUUAAAAUCAAAGAUGGGUGGUUUAGUAUGUUACUAAAAAAUAGAUAUGUUUUAUAAAAAAGAGGAAAUUCUUUAGACUGGUUCUUUUGGAAGGGUAUUAUUAAUAAAAUAAUUGUUAGGUCACAAAAGAAUUCUGUAGAUUUACAUUAAAUCGUGUAGCAAUAAAGAGUAUUAAAUGUUAGAACAAUUAAAGUCCAACAAUUAAGAAUGAAAUUGAAAUCUUAAAUAGGUUAAAACAAGCAAAUGGUUUAAAUAUUUUGGAAAUCAAAGAAGUUUACAAAGAUGAAUUUAAUUACUAUAUAGUAACAGAUUACCUUAAUGGUUCAAAUCUAAAGUAACAUUUAGAGCGGAGAACAAAACCUUAUUCUAUUUAAGAAGCAUUAAAAAUAAUGGAGGUAUUUAUUUUUAUAAAAUUUAAUAUAGUCGCUUUUAAAAGGAUUGUAAAGUAUUCAUUAGAAUGAGAUUAUUCAUAGAGAUUUAAAACCAGCAAAUCUGAUGUAUCAUAAUGGUUAAAUUAAAAUAAUUGAUUUUGGUCUAGCUUGUUUUAAUGGGAAAUAACUUGAAUAAUAUCCAUCAUGUGGAACUACUGGUUAUUCAGCACCAGAAGUAUUAAAUGUAUGGAAUAGGAAACAAGCCUAUGAUUAUAAAGUUGAUUUAUUUAGUGCAGGAUGCAUAUUAUACAAAUUAUUAACUUUAGAAGGACUAUUUAAUAGUGAAAAUGAAAAAGAAACUUAUAGAAAUAAUAAAACAUGUUAAUUCACUAUAAAAGAAAAAGGUUAAGUUUUUGAUUUAGUUUAACUCUUUCUAAAAGCUGAGCCUCAAUAUAGAUUGGAUUGUAAUUAAGCUAUUGAAGCAGUUUAAACAUUGCUUGAUGAUAAAUAUUUUGAUGUUAAUUAAUGGUAUAAUAACAAAUUUAAACUAUAUCAGAAAGGCAAAUCUCAUGUUGAAGUAUAUCAUGAUACGUUAUCUAAAUUAACAAGAUAAUGUAGUCUAACAAGUUUAAAAUAUUAUGAACCAAUAUAAACUGAAAGAUUAAAAAAUUAACACAAAAGAGAUUGA